AUCUUUCUGCAAAGAAAAAAGAAAAGAAAAAGAUUUAGAGAGCGUCACAAAGAGGAGAUAGAUAAAGACAAAGCUCAGAUCCUCCAUUAACAACCGCCAUAUCCAAUUCUUCAUUGUUUACAGUAUUUUUCUUUUCUUCGUUAACCAAAUUUCUUGGAAUAUUCCACCACUUUCUCUCUCUAAACCCCAAACUUCAAUUUCAUUUUUGUUCCUUUUUUUCCCCUAAAUUUCUUCUGGUUCUUUCGAACAAUGGAGCUUGAAUUGAUUGAAAGCUAAGUCAAUCUUUUCUUCUUUUUCACCAUGAAACAUCAAGUGUUGUAAACGUGACGGCAACAACGGCUUCACCGAAAGGAAAGUGUUCCCUUCAAGCCCAAUCAAAAAUCCAUUUCCAUUUUUGGUUCCGGAAUUUACACUCUCUGCCAUAAACAAUCAUGGCCUUCUGUAAUUGAUCGUCCUCUUCAGGAAUUUGGUGAUCCGUGUGGGUGAAAUUACCUGCAAUGUGUUUUCGUAAUGCGGCUUCAAAUUGGGGAUUUGAUUUUUAAGAACUUCGUUUUGUUCUUAUUUGGAUCUCAACCCCAAUUUCACAAUGGCUUUAUUUCGCAAAUUCUUUUAUCGGAAGCCACCGGAGGGGCUUUUAGAGAUAUCCGAAAGGGUUUAUGUUUUCGACUGCUGCUUUACAACGGAGGUUUUGGAAGAAGACGAAUACAAGGUCUAUAUUGGAGGUAUUGUUGGACAACUUCGUGAGAGUCUGACCGACGCAUCAUUCAUGGUGUUCAAUUUCCGAGAAGGGGAGCAUCAUAGCCUCAUUACUAAUAUAUUAUCUGUAUAUGAUAUGACUGUCAUGGACUAUCCUAGACAAUAUGAAGGCUGCCCUCUACUCACUAUGGAGAUGAUCCACCACUUCUUAAGAUCUAGUGAAAGCUGGCUCUCACUUGGGCAACAGAAUGUACUUUUGAUGCACUGUGAAAGAGGGGGGUGGCCAGUCUUGGCUUUCAUGUUGGCCGCUCUCCUGAUUUACAGGAAGCAGUAUGCUGGGGAGCAGAAAACUUUGGAUAUGAUUUACAAGCAAGCACCACGGGAACUUUUGCAGUUGAUGUCACCUCUUAAUCCAUUGCCUUCGCAGUUGAGGUAUCUUCAAUAUGUAUCAAGAAGAAACGUGGCCUCGGAAUGGCCUCCACUUGACAGAGCCCUUACUCUUGACUGCAUAAUUAUUAGAUUUAUCCCUAAUAUGGAUGGGGAGGGUGGUUGCCGCCCAAUAUUUAGGAUAUAUGGACAGGAUCCAUUUAUGGCUGCUGAUCGAACUUCUAAAGUAUUGUUCUCAACCCCCAAAAAGAGUAAACUUGUUCGUCAGUAUAAGCAGGUAGAUUGUGAACUAGUUAAAAUUGAUAUCCAUUGCCAUAUCCAAGGUGAUGUUGUUCUUGAAUGUAUAAGUUUGGACAAUGAUCUGGAAAGGGAGGAGAUGAUGUUCCGAGUUAUGUUUAACACAGCAUUUAUAAGGUCAAAUAUUUUGAUGCUUAACCGUGAUGACAUUGAUAUUUUAUGGCAUGCAAAAGACCAAUUUCCAAAGGAUUUCAGAGCAGAGGUUCUUUUCUCAGAGAUGGAUGCUUCCGCAUCACUUAUUUCAAUUGAAUUGCCAAAUAUUGAGGAGAAAGAUGGUCUUCCAAUUGAAGCAUUUGCUAGAGUUCAAGAGAUCUUUAGCAAUGUGGACUGGCUAAGUCCAAAGGCAGAUGCAGCUCUUAAUGUGCUUCAGAAAAUAACAGCUUCAAAUUUACUUCAAGAGAAACUGGUUAGUUCCGGCUCUUUAGACAGAAGCCAAUUGCUUGACUUAUCUCUUGAAAAACUAAUCUUGGAAUCAGAGACAUCUGAAGGCAAUGUUAGAAGUCCUCGGUUGAAGAUACAGACAAAACAGUCUCAACCUUCUUCCGAGCUAUCUCAUGCUGUGAGUUCAGUGAUAUCAAAGAUCGAACCAUCAGAAUUGCAGGUUUCUCUCCAACUACCACCUCAGUCUAAAAUCAUUACCCAACGAAUAUCUCAACCUUCAUUGUCUACGCCAGCCUCCUUCCGUAGUUCUGUGCAAGGUUCACCUCGCCCUAUAUUAAGAUAUCACAGUGCACCCUCAGCUCUUGGCAUUACAGCUUUAUUACAUGAUCAUUCCAAUUUUAGUGGUAAAGAAGUUAUACAUCCAGCGACAAUAUCUUCACCAUCAUCUGCUCUAGAUUCACCUAAAGAUAUUCAACCUUGUAAGCUUCCUAUUUCUCCCCUCCCACUAGUAUUAGAGCCAAGAUCUACGUUAGAAAAUUCUUCGACCACCGCGUCAACUUCAACCAUUCCUGAUCCAUUGUCACUUCACCAACUUUCUUUGAAACCUAUUAAAUCUUUAGUUUCUAAACCAAGUCAAACCACAGCACAGGUGAGAAGUCAAUUAUCACCAUCUUCAUCACAACCAACUUCUAUCUCUUAUCUUGUGGAGUCCCCACCCUCUCUCAAUGAUAACGAAGCUUCAAGAUCCCCUUCUUCUCCUUUAUUAAGACCGUCUCCAUCUUCUUGUACUAAGGAAUCAUUCUCCAUUUCCACUCCUCCUCCUCCUCCUCCUCCCCCCCUCCCCCAUCUUGAUUCACUUGCUUUAGCAACAUCACCAUCUUCUAGUAGGACGAAUGAUUCAAUUUUCCCAUCCUCACCACAACCUCCUUCUACGACACAACUUUUAUCCUCUACAAAGACAUCAAUUCCAACUAUACCUGAAUUUUCUUCGUCUAAUGAUUGUCUAGUUUAUUCUCACUCACCUAAAAAGAACUUGACGAGUGCCCCUCCAUGUUGUAGUCCUAACUUGGGCGCUAGUGUUGUCUCGCCAACAUCAGUGCCCCCACCCCCUCCCCGCCCCACCCCCGCCCCCUUCAUGGAGGACUCUAUAAACACAUUCAUGCAUGAGCCCCAGCUCCGCUCCAGCUCCACCCCCGCCUCCUUCAUGGGAGGACUCUAUAAACACAUUCAUGCACGAGCCCCCAGCUCCACCCCCACCCCACCCUUGCCUCCAUCUUCUUUCAGUUUAACAUCUACUUGUGAUUCUAGUAUCACACCUUUAGGGGCACCACCGUCGCCACCACCUCCUUCCAGUCUUGCACCACAAGAUGUUGCCACAGUAGUUAGGAACUUGAUGAAUGUAUCUGGCCCUCCACCUCCCCCACCUCCUCCGUUACAUCCUUCUCUAGGUCCUAAUACUGUAUCUUUAGUGCCGCCGCCGCCGCCACCCCCUCCUAGUCUUGCACCAAAUGUUUCUGCAACAACUGUUAACUUGCCACAUAUCUCUGGCCCCCCCCCUCCUCCUCCACCACCUUUUGCAAAUUCUGGACCCACCUUAUGUCCAGGUGAUGUAACGUCAGCUCCGCCUGUUCCACCUCCUCCAGGUUUCUCAAUGAAGGGUUCUCCAACACAUGCUCCACCUGCACCCCCUCCUCCUGGUCUCAGCGGUAAUACACUCUCAAAUGUCAAUGGUACUUCCUCACAGUCUCACGUUGGCAUUAAUAACAGCAACAUACCUUCUAUUCCUGGACCACCUUCCAGUGCUCUAUUCAAUGCAAAGGGACGAGGCCUUGGACGUUUGAACUCCAAAAACCAGUCUCAAACUAAAAGGUCCAAUUUGAAGCCUUAUCACUGGUUAAAAUUAACGAGGGCCAUGCAAGGAAGCUUAUGGGCAGAGACACAAAAGGCUGAUGAAGCUUCCAAAGCUCCGGAGUUUGACAUGUCCGAACUUGAAAGUCUUUUCUCUGCAGCUGCACCAAAUUCAGACUCUGGAGGUUCAGGUGGAAAUUCAAAUCGCCGAGCCUCAGGGCCAAAAUCAGAUAAAGUUCAUUUGAUUGAACUUCGACGGGCCUAUAAUUGCGAAAUUAUGCUUUCUAAAGUUAAGAUUCCUUUGCCUGAUAUGAUGUGUUCAGUACUAGCAUUGGAUGACUCGGCAUUAGAUGUGGAUCAGGUUGAGAACCUAAUCAAGUUUUGUCCAACAAAGGAAGAAAUGGAAUUACUAAAGGGGUACAGUGGGGAUAAGGACAACUUGGGAAAAUGCGAACAAUUCUUUUUAGAAUUGAUGAAAGUCCCACGAGUUGAGUCCAAGCUAAGGGUAUUUUCUUUCAAGAUACAAUUCCGAUUGCAGGCCUCUGACCUUAGAAGUAGUCUGAAUAUUAUCAAUUCGGCAUCUGAAGAGAUCAGAAGUUCGGUAAAGUUGAAAAGGGUAAUGCAAACUAUCCUUUCAUUGGGUAAUGCUUUGAACCAUGGAACGGCUAGAGGUUCUGCUAUUGGAUUUCGGCUUGAUAGUCUCCUCAAACUCACUGACACACGAGCCAGAAACAAUAAGAUGACUCUCAUGCAUUAUCUAUGUAAGGUGCUUGCUGAAAAGCUGCCAGAACUUCUAGAUUUUCCGAAGGACCUUGUGAGUUUGGAAGCUUCUACAAAGAUACAACUGAAAUACUUGGCAGAGGAAAUGCAAGCCAUAAGCAAAGGGCUUGAGAAGGUUGUUCAGGAAUUGGCUAAUUCAGAGAAUGAUGGGCGCGUUUCCGGAACUUUUUGCCGGACUUUAAAAGGCUUCCUUUCUCAUGCCGAAGCUGAAGUGAGAUCUCUUGCUUCUCUUUAUUCCAAUGUGGGUAGAAAUGCCGAUGCACUAGCUCUUUAUUUCGGCGAAGAUCCAGCGCGUUGCCCUUUUGAGCAAGUUGUUUCUACACUCUUCAAUUUUGUGAGGAUGUUCGUGCGAGCCCAUGAAGAAAACUGUAAGCAGCUUGAAUAUGAAAAGAAGAAAGCACAGAAGGAAGCCGCAGAAAAGGAGAAGUUGAAGGUCAAUACUCCAAAAAAGGAGUCAGGAUUCUUGAUGCAGACUCCAACCUAGCAUAGCGAUGUCAAAUGAUAUGGAGUGUUCUAACAAUCGCUAUUUUUGCAACAUACUAAAAAGAGGUUAUCCUCCAUAGCUGGGAAUACGUCGUGACCAAAAUAACCCUUAACCAACCGUGUGGUGAUCGAAUAACGCCAGCGUCAAUGUCGGUCAUCUUGGAUAGAAGAACGUUUCAGAGGCACAGGAUGUAGAAUAUAAGUAGCCAGUGUUGGAUGAAACUAAAAAGCAGCAAGGCUUCUACCAAACUUGUAAUAUUUCUUAACAACAGAAGAAAUAAUUAUAGUCUUAGUAGGAGGCUGAAACUCAUCAGCCAUUGUUGCUGUCAUUGUUUAUGUAACUGAGUUACUGAUAGGGUGGUAGUUUUUUUUGGUGAAGUUUCAAGGAAGUAUGUUUCAGGCAGAAGCACUCAAAUGGGACUUUCUUGGUUAGAUCAGAAUUUUGCUGUAAAAUAUAUCAUAUGUAAUUGUAGUUUGUUCAUGUUCUAUAUAAUUAUAUUCUUUACCCAUCAAUGCAUUCUUUUUUCCUUAAAAAGAAUAAAA